CAAACUCACAUUGAAACGCUCAAAGCGGCCUUUAGAACUGAGAGCUAGAACCGAGAGCAAAAAUGCAAAUCUUCGUGAAAACCCUAACCGGGAAGACCAUAACUCUCGAGGUCGAAUCAAGCGACACCAUCGACAAUGUCAAGGCUAAGAUUCAAGACAAGGAAGGUAUUCCUCCUGACCAGCAAAGACUGAUUUUCGCCGGGAAGCAACUAGAGGAUGGCCGUACUCUUGCCGACUAUAACAUCCAAAAGGAAUCUACUCUGCAUCUGGUUCUCAGGCUUCGUGGGGGUAUCAUUGAGCCCUCUUUGAUGGCGUUGGCUAGAAAGUACAACCAGGACAAGAUGAUCUGUCGAAAAUGCUAUGCACGUCUGCACCCUCGUGCAGUGAACUGCAGGAAAAAGAAGUGUGGACACAGCAACCAGGUUAAUCAAACUUAUAGUGUUGUGCCUUUUACAUUGGACAACUUUAGCCCUUCUGAGGCCAAAGAAGAAGAUCAAGUAGAGUUUUGAUUAUGAAGGGAUUCUGCAUGAUAUGCCAUGUUGCUAUAUAAUUUAAUAUUUUACUUUAAAUUAUGUGACAUGGAAGAUUUUACUACUAUUAGGCAAUUAAAAAUUUAAGUGACUUAUAAUGAUUUUUCGAAGUUUUGAGAUUUAUCGGUAUCACAUACUCUAGUCUUGUAUGUGUCGAACAUUGUUUUUAAUUGUUGAUGAAACGGUCAAUUUUAUA